AGAACAAUACCAGUCGAUCGCCCUCUGUCUCUGGCCCAGAAAAAGAAGACUCUGCUUUUUGCAACAUGUAUGACCAUGUACGCAAUGGCGGCAUCGCAUUUUGGCAUCACUCUUUUCUGUCUGUUUCUGGACAACCGGCGGUCGCUAGAGAUCCAGACCAGCGCCCUGUCCUGCCUGGCUGCUGAUGCGGCACCAAGCUCCUCCAUGCAAUGCUCCUGGGCAGGAACACCAACGAACAAGAUCUUUACUUCGGCUGUCACGAAUAUGAGCCGGCAGCUUUCCACGUUGCUGUCUGUCGUGCUUGGCAACUCGGUUGUGCUCUGGAGAGGAUGGGUGCUCUGGCCGCGGAGACGCGUCGUACAGGUCAUUUCAGGAUUUCUUAUUUUCGCCACUGUCGGAUUAUUCAUUUCAGGCAUCGUCGUGCAACAUACCGCCUCCCAGGAGUUCAUCCCAUCGGGCGGGGUCCUGUCGUUGUGGCUGACAAACCUCUGGGCGACAUCGCUCGUAGCAUACAGGGCGUGGCAGCACCGACAACAGAUCAGGUGUCAUUUGCGCGCUGGGCUUCGUACGCGGGCAGAAAGGGCGCUCCUGCUCUUCAUCGAGUCAGGCUCGCUCUACUGCGUUCUCUGGACUUUCCUCAUGGUGUCGAGCAUCAUCAACUACCGCCUCAUGCUCGGCCCCGAGUCAGGGGGCCUGUCGCGCAGCGGCACGGCGGCCUUCAUUAACAGGACGCAAGUCCUCGAGGCGAGCUGCCUCAUCGACCUCGUGGGCAUGUACCCGACGGCAGUGAUCGCGCUCGUCGAGGCCUCGAACCGCUACGCACAGCGCACGCUCUGUAUGGACGACAUCGCGACGCCGCCCGUGCGCCUGCCCGCCGGCGGGGCGUCUCCGCCCCACCUGGAUCUGCGGGCCGAGACUGCGGCCGACGACGUGUUGCACUUGUGUUUCGAGGACGCUGGGGGAGGCGCACCAGGUUUGGAGGCGAAGGGCAGGCGCGACGAGUGUGCGUUUGACGAUGCAGGGGAUAUGAAGGUCGCGCGUGCUGUUGUGUGAUUUGGCGCGCUCUGCUGUUUGUGAAAGCGACUGCAUGUGCUGUAAUUGAGUAUAGAAUAUGAAUAUGCUGAGUAUGCUC